UCCACAUUCUGUAGCAGACUCCAGGCGCCAGACCAAAGGCGGCUCCUAGCAGGGAACCGGGAGGACGUGGAACAUUAGGAGCACUCUGGAAACUGCUCUGAAUCGAAGCCAUCAAAGGGUUCACGAGCUCUCCCUCUCCCCACAUCCUGAGAGCAGCUAUGGCCCUGAGUGACACCGAUGUGCAGAAGCAGAUCAAGCACAUGAUGGCUUUUAUUGAACAAGAAGCCAACGAAAAGGCCGAGGAGAUCGACGCCAAGGCGGAGGAGGAGUUUAACAUUGAGAAAGGCCGCCUCGUGCAAACCCAGCGACUAAAGAUCAUGGAUUACUAUGAGAAGAAGGAGAAGCAGAUAGAACAGCAGAAAAAAAUCCAGCUGUCCACCAUGAGAAAUCAGGCGCGGAUCACAGUCCUGAGAGCCCGAGACAACCUCAUCUUGGAACUGCUCAAGGAUGCGAAGACGAGACUCAGUACAAUCGUGCUGGAUCCGGAUAUCUAUCAGGAGCUGCUGGACAAGCUCGUGCUCCAAGCCUUUCUCCGGCUCCUGGAGCCUGCGAUGAUCGUCCGCUGCAGGCCACAGGACCUCCACCUGGUGGAGGCUGCCGUGCAAAGGGCCCUCCCUCAGUACCUGAUGCUCUGCCAGAAGCGUUCAGACGUCCAGGUUGAUCAUGAGGCAUACUUGUCUCCAAAUGCCGCUGGCGGGGUGGAGGUCUAUAGCAGCGAUCAGAAAAUAAAGGUUUCCAAUACCUUGGAAAGUCGGCUGACUCUCGCGGCCAUGGAAAAGAUGCCAGAGAUACGAAGGGCUUUGUUUGGAGGUAAUGCCAAUAGAAAGUUCUUUACAUAAAGACGCUGGAAAGGGAAGCUUGGGCUGAACAGCAAAGUCAAAAAAAGUCUUAAGUCAUUUGGACAAAGGGAACUGGGGUGGGGGGAUGCGUCUGCCUCUUUGGAAGCUCUGGUGUUGAUUCCUAGCUUUGAAUAGCUAUAAGAAUGAUAUUUUGUCAACUUUGGAAUAAAGCACAAAUAAUGCUCAAAAA